GUUUUUCCGGACCGGCGGUCGUCGACUGGUGGCAGCGUCUUACUCUAGAAUCCUCGCAGGUCGAAAUGGCUCUCCAGCGCCUUGUCACGAGCGUCCGUCGCCUCAUGCAGACUCCGACGUGGAGCAUGUUCCCGCAGGUCCAGAUGGAGCUGGCUGCGCAUGGCGCCUGCGACCACGACCACGACCACGAGGCCGAUGAGCUCAACGACGCGCUCUGGCACGCGUGCCCCAAGUCCAAGGUGACGCCGUCGCGCAAGAAGAUCCGCAACAACGAUCCGUCCAAGCGCCUCAAGAACAUCGUGCACCUCCAGUCGUGCGAGCACUGCGGCACGAAGAAGCUUCGCCACAGACUAUGCAUGGACUGCUUCAAGAAGGGCACGUACUUUACGAGCUAAGCAGGCAUGGAGCAGUAGAUAGAUGAAGACGAGGUCGACGGAAUGCAAUACAGUGACUCCUUCUGACCCAUA